AUGAAAAAGUUUGUUCCAAAAUAUUUACAACAACAACAACGAGCUUAUAAUUCUAAAAAUCCAAAUCGACGUCGAACAAGACGUAAACAUUUAAGGAAGACUGAUUGUGACGAAGAUUUAGUUCAUUAUAAUGAUGACGAAAAGGAGUAUGACUAUGACGAUGAAAUUGAAGAUGUUGAUGAUAUUGAUCGCAGCAGUGAAAAUCUAAGUAAACAUAAUUUUGUCAUCAAAGAACAGAAUUAUGUAAAGAAGAGAUCUAUCAUGCCUUCACAUAAUUAUGCAGAUAUAAAAGAUAUUUUAACUUAUCAGAAUACAUCGGAUAGUUGUAUAUUUUAUUUAACGUUUAAUUCCAAUAAAUUAAUUGGACCAUUUAUAUUUCAUCCGUAUUUGAAUCAAGAACAAGAUAAAUACACAGAUAUAUUUAUACAAAGUGGAAAAAUAAAUGCCUUUAAUCCUAAAGAUCUUUUAAACAUGAGAAACCAUCGUGAAAUUCCGGUGAAUAAAGUACAAAUUACUGAUCAAAUUCUUGAUGCUGCUUAUGAUUUAGAACGUUUUAUACUUGAUGAAACUAGAAGAAUUCAUUAUCCUAUAAACCAUCCAUAUGUUGACCAUAAUUUAACACAAAUAAUCAAUGAUUUAAUUGGUAAUACACAAUUUACUAUUACAGCUACACCAGUGGUACAAAACGAAUUAUUUGUAAAAAAUUCAAAACGUUAUAAAAAGCAAAUAACCAAUCUUUAUCGUGUUAUAGAUGAAUUACGUGAACAAAUAAUGAACUGA